GUCACACUGACGACUGUGGUUGGUGUGCGCGGAACGAGCUGUAGUAGCUUCCUCGUCGGAGUUGAGACAUUACGUCGAGAAAACAGGAAAACUAAGAAACCUUGCCAAGAUGCCUCGUGUGUAUAUAGGCAGAUUGAGCUACCACGUCCGCGAAAAGGAUAUCCAGAGAUUUUUCAGCGGUUAUGGGAAACUCUUAGAAAUUGACCUGAAAAAUGGGUAUGGUUUUGUGGAGUUUGAGGACACCCGUGAUGCAGACGAUGCUGUGUACGAGCUCAACGGAAAGGAGCUGUGUGGAGAACGGGUCAUUGUGGAGCAUGCCAGAGGACCUCGGCGAGAUGGAUAUGGCAGUAGUGGUUACAGCAGCAGAAGCCGUACCGGCAGGGAUAAGUAUGGGCCCCCUGUUCGCACAGAGUAUCGCCUCAUUGUGGAGAACUUGUCCAGCCGGUGCAGUUGGCAGGACCUCAAGGAUUUCAUGAGGCAGGCUGGGGAGGUAACGUAUGCAGAUGCCCAUAAGGAGCGUACUAAUGAGGGAGUCAUCGAGUUUCGUUCAUACUCUGAUAUGAGGAGGGCCCUGGACAAGCUGGAUGGGACAGACAUCAAUGGCAGGAAAAUCCGCCUGGUGGAAGACAAGCCACGUCGUCGCCGCUCGUACUCUGGUAGCCGGUCCAGGUCUCGCAGCCGCCGUCGAUCUCGUAGCAGGAGCCGCCGUAGCAGCCAUUCUCGAAGCAACUCAAGAUCGCGCUCACGGUCUCGAUCCCGUGCCAGGAAGUCCCACUCCCGUUCUCAUGGAAGGAAGUCGUCCCGCUCUCGUUCUCGUGGAAGGAAGUCGUCUCGCUCUCGUUCUCGUGGAAGGAAGUCGUCCCGUUCCCGCUCUCGUGGAAGGAAGUCGUCCCGCUCUCGUUCUAGGGGCCGCAAAUCCCGCUCCCGUUCCCGUGGCCAAAAGUCACACUCCCGUUCCCGGGGCCGUAAAUCCCGCUCCAAUUCUCGGGGCCAAAAGUCCCGCUCCCGUUCUCGGGGCCAAAAGUCCCGCAGUCCGUCUGCUGGGCGCAAGUCUCGCUCAAAGAGCCUUUCCAAAGUCAAAUCGGAGCGCGACUCCCGCAGCCGGUCUAAGGAGAAGUCUGUUGACAAGAAGUCCCGCAGCCGCACCCCCUCCCCUGUGGAGAAUGGCAAAGCAGAGCGUGCCAAAUCUGCCUCUCGUUCCCCAUCUCCCCAGGCUGAAGACAGCCAUUCCAAGUCUCCAGCCAAGCGCUCUGCUUCCCGUUCCCCAUCUCGGUCUAAGUCUCACUCACGAUCCCGCUCCAGAUCUGUGUCCCAGGAUUAAUUUCCGGACCCCCAAACCCAUGCUGUUCUCUUUUGGGGUAAUUCCAUCAAGUAGGGGUGGCUUUAUUGAUUUAUACGGAUCAGACUGCAGCUUAAGAUGUUCCAGAUAUGAUCGAUCAUUUAUGCAUCAAACAUUUGGUACAAAAGCUGCUUUUCUCAUUGAAUUGAAUGUUGUAAAUGGUAUGAAAAGAUGUGGUGUGUAAAUCAGGGUUAUGUGCUAAGAUGCAAUGAGGAGCUACUGUAUGGACCCAGUUUUUGUAAUUCUACUAAACUAUUCUGCUGGAAUUGAAAGCCUGGUUCAUUUUUCUGUAUUGCUCUUAUGUUUUGACUAAGCAGUGCUUGCUCUGGGGUAGGAAGGACCAGUAUUGAUUGCAGUGAUCUGUCUCACUGUCACUGUAGAAUUUAUUUGCAAAUCAUUUAAUACAACUUUUUCCUUAUUGAUUUAUAUUCAACUGCUUGGCAUCUUAAUAUUUUGGAUUAGAGAAGUUUAGGUGAACUUAAUUGCCCUGGAUCUUUCAAUGGUUUUUGUUUUCAUAGAAGCUGCCAUGGUGGAAAGCAUGACUUGUUUUUACUGUACAUUAAAAUU